ACCAUGGGUCGACGUUGGUGGUCCUUACAGACAACGCGUCAAAUUAGAAGAAAUUGCACAUGCGCAGAUUUGUCUGUUGAGCCUUAUUUUUCGUUGAUACUUAAUAGCUUCACAACGGCUUGUUUUUUUUUAAUCGGAGGCCAAUAAGAAACAAAUAUAUACAUAUUACCACAGUGAACAUACACAGCAUCGAUUCUGAACAAUAUGGAGGUGGAAGAAGUUGAGCAAAUGGAGGCCACAGGAGAAACAGUUCCCCAGUCACUGCCCCUGAAUGAGCAACAGGUCCUAAACUCUGCAGGUGGAUUUACCUGGGAGGUGAAUGACAUGACACGCCUGCGUCGCUUUUUGUGCUAUGGCUCAGAAGGUGGGACAUAUUACAUCAAAGAGCAGCAGCUGACAUUGGAAAAUGCAUUGGUUUUAAUGAGACUGAUAGAGGAUGGCAGGGGUGUCGAAGUGGUUCAAGAAAUCAAAACAUUUAGUCUUGAAGGGAGAGCAGCAAGAGCAAACCCUGCCCUGUUUGCUCUUGCCGUUUGCUCGCAGCACUCGGAUAUCAAAACCAAGCAGGCCGCCUUCAAAGCCGUGGGGGAGGUUUGUCAGCUUCCCACCCACCUGUUUACUUUCAUCCAGUUUAAAAAGGACCUCAAGGAAGGCAUGAAGUGUGGUAUGUGGGGCCGAGCCCUGAGGAAAGCAGUGGCAGACUGGUAUAAUGAGAAAGAUGCCAUGUAUUUGGCAAUGGCUGUCACAAAAUAUAAGCAAAGGAAUGGCUGGUCGCACAAGGAUCUCCUGAGACUGUCACACAUGAAACCUGCAAAUGAAGGGCUUGCAGUGGUCGCUAAAUACAUUACAAAAGGUUGGAAGGCGGUCCAGACAGUGUAUAACGAGAAGGAGAAUUCAGACUGCAUCCGAAAGGUUCUGCAAUACUUGGAAGCUGUGGACAAAGUGAAACACACCACUGAUGAGUUAGAAGUAAUUCAUUUGAUAGAGGAACACAAGCUGGUCAGAGAACAGUUACUCACCAGCCACCUAAAAUCUAAAGAGGUGUGGAAGACUUUGCUGAAGGAAAUGCCGCUAAUUGCGAUGAUGAGAAAUCUAGGAAAGAUGACGGCAGACAUGGUUCUAACAACAGGAGAAGUUGCCAUGGUGUGUGAGAAACUCCAGAAUGAAAACAUUUUAAAGAAGGCACAAAUUCAUCCUUUCAAUGUCUUAAUGGCUUUAGAGACCUACAAAAAAGGCAGUGGAAACCAAGGCAAGCUGACAUGGAACCCAGAUAAAGACAUCCUUGAGGCACUGGACAGUGCAUUCUACACAAGUUUCAAGAAUGUGGAGCCCACAGAGAAGCGGUUGGUCUUGGCUGUUGAUGUCAGUGACUCAAUGAACAGCCCUGUUUUAGGGAGUUCUGUUACUGCCGCCACGGCGGCUGCAGUUAUGACUAUGGUUUUUGCACGCACAGAGAAGGACUCACACAUUGGGGUUUUUUCACACUCCAUGGUCCCUUGUCCAGUCACUGCAGACAUGACUCUUGCACAAGUUGUGAAAGAAUUUGAAAAGAUUACUAUGGGGGCCACUGACUGUGCCCUUCCCAUGCUGUGGGCCCUGGAGACCAACACUGUUGCUGAUGUUUUUAUUGUUUUCACUGACAAUGAGACCUGGCUUGGGGACAUUCACCCAGCAGAAGCACUGAGGAAAUACAGAAAUAAAAUGGGAAUUUUCUCAAAGUUAAUUGUCUGUGGGAUGACUUCAGAUGGCUUCACCAUCGCAGACCCUCAGGACCGAGGGAUGCUGGAUAUCUGUGGCUUUGACUCAGGAGCGUUGGAAGUCAUCCAGAAUUUUGUUAUGGAUAUGAUUUAAAUGAACCACACAAACUGAACCACAAUGAAGAAUAGCAAAUUGCACACAGCUGCAAUAUCAAUGGAAAGUAGAAAUGCAUUUUGAGGAGACAUCAGCAUGUACUGAUAUACCAGCCCAACACUAAACUAACCAUUAAGGUUUAACCCCUUUGCUGCAUGAUGUAUAAAAAUCAUUAGAGAGGCAAUUUCAUUUGUCCAGUUGUUGUGUCCAGCAGACUAGACAACACCAUUGAUUUAAUAAUACAAUGAAAGUCAAACUGAACAUGAAAAUAAUUUAAGCACACACAUUUUAGAACUACUGAAACUAAAUACCCAUUAAAGGUUCAGUGUACAGGGCAAGGUGCAGCAUAGGUUUAGCAAGAAUUGUUCUUCAGCACAUUUUGUUAUGAUUUUGAAUUAUGGUAUAAGAUUAUCAUACAAGUCAUGAGACAUUAACAAAAUCUUAUUAACUAAGAAUACAUUAUAUUGCUAAUGCAUACAGUUUUAUAUACAGUAACUAUAUGAGUAAAUUGCUCAUAAGCCACGUUUUAUAGUUUUGAAGCAGUGCAUGCUAUUUAUUGUAUUGUUUUUAUUUUAGAUUUUUCUCUUUUAUGGGAUCAUUUAGGUAAUAUACCAAUUUAGUAAUGUCCAAUUAUUUUUAGGCUUGGCCCACCGCUACCACCCCUGCGUUGACUCGGGAGGGGCGAAGACGAACACACUCUGUCCUCCGAAGCGUGUGCCGUCAGCCGCCCGUUUCUUUACACACUGCAGACUCACCAUGCAGCCACCCAGAGCUACAGCGUUGGAGGACAACGCAGCCCUGGGCAGCUUGCAGGCAAGCCCGCAGGCGCCUGGCCAGACCACAGGGGUCGCUGGUGCACGGUGAGCCGAGGACACCCUGGCCGACCUAGCUCUUCCUCCCCCCGGACGGCGCUUGGGAGCUCCUGUCUUCGGUUGGCAAAGGAAUAGCCUGACUCGAACUGGCAACAUCCAGACUAUAGGGCGCAACCUGCACUCCACGUGGAGCGCCUUUACUGGAUGUGCCACUUGGGAGCCCCUGGUAAUAUACAGACGUGCUCAAAUUUGUUGGUACCCCUCCACAAAAAACGAAGAAUGCACAAUUUUCUCUGAAAUAACUUGAAACUGACAAAAGUAAUUGGCAUCCACCAUUGUUUAUUCCAUAUUUAAUAGAAAUCAGACUUUGCUUUUGAUUUUUUAUUCAACAUAAUAUUCUAAAUAAUAAAACAAACGAAAAUGGCAUGGACAAAAAUGAUGGGACUGCUAACCUAAUAUUUUGUUGCACAACCUUUAGAGGCAAUCACUGCAAUCAAACGUUUUCUGUAGCUCUCAAUGAGACUUCUGCACCUGUUAACAGGUAGUUUGGCCCACUCUUCCUGAGCAAACUGCUCCAGCUGUCUCAGGUUUGAUGGGUGCCUUCUCCAGACUGCAAGUUUCAGCUCUUUCCAUAGAUGUUCGAUAGGAUUCAGAUCAGGACUCAUAGAAGGCCACUUCAGAAUAGUCCGAUGUUUUGUUCAUAUCCAUUCUUGGGUGCUUUUAGCUGCGUGUUUUGGGUCAUUAUCCUGUUGGAGGACCCAUGACCUGCGACUGAGACAGAGCUUUCUGACACUGGGCAGUACGUUUCGCUCCAGAAUGAUUUGAGUCUUGAGAUUUAAUUGUGCCCUGCACAGAUUCAAGGCACCCUGUGUCAGGCGCAGCAAAUUAGCCCCAAAACAUUACCGAGCCUCCUCCAUGUUUCACUGUAGGUAUGGUGUUCUUUUCUUUGGAAGCUUCAUUUUUUCGUCUGUGAACAUAGAGCUGAUGUGACUUGCCAAAAAGCUCCAGUUUGACUCAUCUGUCCAAAGGACAUUCUUCCAGAAGCAUUGUGGCUUGUCAAUAUGCAUUUUAGCAAAUUCCAGUCUGGCUUUUUUAUGUUUUUCUGUCAAAAGUGGAGUCCUCCUGGGUCUUCUUCCAUGGAGUCCACUUUCGCUCAAAAAGUGACGGAUGGUGCGAUCAGAAACUGAUGUACCUUCACCUUGGAGUUCAGCUUAUAUCUCUUUGGCAGUUAUCCUUGGUUCUUUUUCUACCAUUCGCACUAUCCUUCUGUUCAAUCUGGGGUUGAUUUUCCUCUUGCGACCAGGGAGGUUGGCUACAGUUCCAUGGACCUUAAACUUCUUAAUAAUAUUUGCAACUGUUGUCACAGGAACAUCAAGCUGCUUGGAGAUGGUCUUGUAGCCUUUACCUUUACCAUGCUUGUCUUUUAUUUUCUUUCUGAUGUCCUCAGACAACUCUCUCCUUUGCUUUCUCUGGUCCAUGUUCAGUGUGGUGCACACAAUGAUACCAAACAGCACAGUGACUACUUUUCUCCAUUUAAAUAGGCUGAAUGACUGAUUACAAGAUUGGAGACGUGUGAUACUAAUUAAAGAAACUAAUUAGUUAAAAAAUAUCACUAUAAUCCAAUUAUUUAUUAUCUUUUCUAAGGGGUACCAACAAAUGUGUCCAGGCCAUUUUAGAAUAUCUUUGUAGAAUAAGCAAUAAUUCAUCUCUUUUCACAGCUUCUUUGCUUUAUUCUAUGACAUACCAAAGGCAUGCAAGUAUACAUGAUAAAAUAGCUUUUAAUUUCAUCACUUUUCAGGAGGAAUGAAGCAUUAUUUCAAUGAGCUGUAAGGGUACCAACAAAUUUGAGCACGUCUGUACAUUUUAGACAAAGUUAGACGUGCUUGAGGAAUUAGACAAGAGUUUGGAAAGAAACAAGGUUACAUUGAUCUUAAGAAAAGGACAAAUGAAAGAUACUAGCUGCGUGCAUUUUGUAAAUGCUUAGUUUGUUUUUUAACAUUUUAUUAUAUUAAAAUGCAGGUAACAUUAAUUGAAUGUAAACUUUAGGAUUAAGCACACUUCUAUAGCACUAAUGUAACUUUAAAAUAUGGUUUUUGGUCUAAAUAUAUUUAUACUAAUAAACAGUUAAUAAAUAAUGUACAACAUGUACCCCCUAGAAAGUAAAACCUGAUUCAGAAAUAUUAAAGACCAGUCAACUGUGAA